AUGGAGAGUGCCACAGAAGUUAUCAAUGAUGAACCAACACAAUCGGAAACUGUAGAAAAGGUUCUAUCCAAAAAUCAGCAACGGAAACUUCGAGCAAAAGAGAGAUAUUUGGAAAAACGUGUAGUGAAACGGGCGGAAGAACGCGCAAAAAGGAAAGCGAAACGAGAAGCAAGAAAAGAAGCCGGAGAAUUUGAAUUGCUGAAAAGAAAGAGACCAAGGAAAAUGUGCGAUUCGACAAGCAAACAAAGAAUCGCAUUAGAUAUGUCUUUUGAUGAUUUGAUGAGUGAAAAAGAUCAGAAACGAAGUGUUCGGCAAAUCAAUUGGUGUUAUACAGCAAAUCGACAUUCAGCACAACCUUUUCAAUUGCAUUUAGUAGGAUUUAAUGGACCAUCUCGAAAGGUAGGAAUAUUUUGAAAAAUGGAAAAAAAAUAAAAUUAUCAAAGUUCAGAUUUACGACAACGUCGAAGGUGCUGAAAAUCAAGAUGUUUUCUGUCACGAUACAAAGCUUGAAGAUACUUUCAAACCUGAAGAAAUAGUUUAUCUUUCUGCCGAAUCGGAUAAUGUUUUAGAAACUUUAGAUGACUCAAAAGUAUACGUGAUUGGUGGCCUUGUAGAUCAUAACUUUCACAAAGGACUUUGCCAUAAAUUAGCUGUUGAGAAAAAAUUUGGACAUGCAAGAUUACCAAUCGAUGAAUAUGUGCAUUUGAAGACUAGAAGAGUGUUGACAAUUAAUCAAGUUUACGAGAUUUUGGUGCAUUUUUCAACGCAUGGAGAUUGGGAAAAAGCGUUUUUGUCGAUUGUUCCGGGAAGAAAAGGCAUGCUGACAAAAGCGGAAGCGGAAGCUGGAAAUGGAACUGAAACAAUGAACGAGAACGAAGAAGCUGAGGCUGAAGAUGUGGAAGAAAAUGAUUGA